AUGCUGGUCAAGGAGGACGAGGAAACCUCACAUAUUGCCAUCAUCGGCUCGGGAAUCUUUGGAUUGUCAGCAGCGUUGGAACUACGGUUGCGGGGCUAUCGUGUAACCAUAUUUGAUCGACAUACAAUUCCAGUUCAAGAUGCCGCAUCAACGGACAUUUCGAAAAUAGUACGUCCCGACCACGGCAACGACAUACUUUAUCAAAAUUUAGCUAUUGCCGCUGUAAAUCGUUGGAAAGACUGGUCGGAAGAGUGUUAUCGACAAACGGGAAAAGAAAUAUUUGUUCAGUCUGGAGCAGUGUUUCUAUCGUCAAACAGUCCUUUAUGUGAAAAUAGUUUUGAGGCCGAUUCGGUCGCGGCAUUAAGGAAAGCUGGAUAUGAGGACGAGGUCGAGGUCUUUUCGGACAGUGGCGUUGCAGAAAAGUAUCAAGGAUUUAAGGACGUCACGAGGAACUUUCCUGGUGGAUACUUGAGCAAAAUGGCUGGAUACGUUGAUGCUUCGCUGGCGGUAGAGUACGUGGCAGAACUGGCAAAAACAGCAGGAGUUCAAUUCGUCACUGGGGACGCUGGGAGGGUUGAGGCAAUAAUGACAAAAGAUUCGAUAAGGUCAUGCUCGGUAAUGGGAAUAAGGACCAGUGAUCAAACCUUUCAUGCGUGUUCCCAUCUUUUGGUAGCUGCUGGGCCUCGAUCGAUCUCCUUGCUUCCCGGUCUCAAGAAGGUGAUGGUAGCGACAGGACAACCAGUCAUUCACCUCUCUGUUCCAGAGCAUCUGCAACUAAAAUACAGCGCAAGCAACUUCCCAGUUUGGGCAGCAGAAGUACCUCGGACAGGUUUUUACGGAUUUCCCCUCAAGGAUGGAGUGUUGAAAGUGGCCAAUCAUGGUCCGGGGUAUAUACGUCAUGAAGGAACGGCGAUGCCAUCAACUCUCGACAUGGACAUACCAAAGGGAGCUGUAUCUGGCUUCCGUUCCUUCCUCGCGCAAAACUUUCCUGAGCUCAACUCCUUCAACAUUCUCCGCACACGACUGUGUUGGUACACAGAUACCUUUGACUCUGAUUUCUUUAUAACACCCUAUCCAGGACAUGAGGGACUAUUCCUUGCAACUGGAGGAAGCGGGCAUGCGUUCAAGUUCUUUCCGGUACUAGGGCCGAUUAUUGCUGAUGUAGUGGAGGGAAAACCAGAAUCGGACUCUAGGUACCCUGACGCAAUACAAAGAUUUAAAUGGAGAGAACCGAUGGAGGAGGGGCAAGGACUUGAAUCACAUCCGCGACUUUCAGGCAGCCAAAAGUUGGAGGAUUGUCCAUUGGCAGACACGGAAGAUUUGAAAGCAAUAUUAUAGAACUUAUUUUGAGAUAUAUUUACUUUUCGCUCAC